GAGAAACCCUCCCGCGCAUGAUAAAAUUAUUAGUAUCGCCUUACUGGCUAGAACCCCAGGCAGUAACCGCCAUCCUUGUCGCCCUGCCUUCCCGCACGCCCACGCGGUAUAAUCGAUUUUCAGAGUUCCCCUCUGAGGUUUUGAAUCAAGCAUGGCCGGGGCGCAAGCUGAAGACAUAGCCUUCACCAAGCAUCCCUAUAUCGAGGACGUGGGGCCUCGCAAAAUAAAAAGCAUGAAAUUCAGCACGUUCUCCGAGUCCGAGAUCAGCAAACUCGCGGAGGUUCAAGUAUAUAAGGGGCAAUACUACGAUGCAAAAAGAAAUCCUAUCGAAGGAGGCUUAUUGGAUCCCCGCAUGGGUCCAGCAAAUAAGAAUUGUAUAUGUGCAACAUGCCAUGGGAGUUUUGGGAAUUGUCCUGGUCACUUCGGAUACUUAAAACUUGCUGUCCCCGUUUACAAUGUUGGAUAUAUGAGUACCAUUUUGGACAUUUUGAAGUGCAUUUGUAAGUCUUGUGCUCAUAUACUUCUGGAGGAGAACUUGCGUAAAGAGUAUUUGAAGAAAAUGAGAAGUCCUAAGAUAGAGCCUCUGAAGAAGACUGAGUUGAUGAAAGUGAUAGUUAAAAAGUGUAAUAACUUGACAAGCGGCAAUAAAGCAGUAAAGUGCUCAAGAUGCGGAUACGUAAAUGUUUCAGUGAAGAGGGCCAUGUCUAUGCCUGGCAUUCUUCAUGAGCGUCAAAAAUGUAAUGAUGGGAGUGUGGAAGAAUUCAGAUCAGCCAUUUCUCACACAAAAGAGUCAAAGUCGCCCUUCAACGUGGCUACUUAUAUUCUUAACCCUGUACAAGUUCUAGUUCUUUUUAAAAGGAUGUUGGAUGAGGAUUGCGAGUUGCUUUAUCUUUCUGAUAGACCAGAGAAACUCAUCAUAACAAAUAUUGCAGUGCCUCCUAUACCUAUUCGUCCUUCUGUCAUUAUGGAUGGAUCUCAAAGCAAUGAAAAUGACAUUACUGAGAGGCUAAAGAAAAUUAUUCAGGCAAAUGCUAGCCUUAGCCAGGAGUUAUUAGAAGCGAGCUCUGCGUCCAAAUGCCUGGCUGGUUGGGAUAUUCUUCAACUUGAGGUUGCGCAAUACAUAAAUAGUGACGUUCGUGUUCCAUUCACAAUGCAAGUUUCCAAGCCAUUAGGUGGUUUUGUUCAGCGCCUCAAGGGGAAGCAGGGACGCUUUCGUGGGAACUUGUCUGGGAAGCGUGUUGAAUAUACUGGCAGGACCGUCAUAUCCCCUGACCCUAAUUUGAAAAUUACUGAGGUUGCAAUUCCGAUCCAAAUGGCUCGAAUCUUAACUUAUCCUGAAUGUGUUUCCCAUCACAAUAUAGAGAAAUUGAGACAAUGUGUCUGUAAUGGCCCAGAUAAGUACCCAGGUGCAAGAAUGCUCACACAUACUGAUGGUUCUAUGAGGUCCCUGUUUCCUAGUGUUAGGAGGAAACUUGCUGAUGCACUGAAAUAUGGUGAAAUAGUUCAUCGUCAUUUGGAAGAUGGCGACAUUGUUCUUUUUAACAGACAACCAAGCUUGCAUCGGAUGUCUAUCAUGUGUCAUAGGGCAAGAAUCAUGCCUUGGAGAACAUUGAGAUUCAACGAAUCAGUGUGCAACCCAUAUAAUGCUGAUUUUGAUGGUGAUGAGAUGAAUAUGCAUGUACCACAGACUGAGGAGGCUCGAACAGAAGCUGUUAUGCUAAUGGGGGUGCAAAACAAUUUAUGCACACCAAAAAAUGGAGAGAUUUUGGUUGCUUCCACUCAAGAUUUUCUAACGUCUUCGUUUCUCAUUACAAGGAAGGACACAUUUUAUGACCGUGCUGCCUUUUCUCUUAUGUGUUCUUAUAUGAUGGAUGGCAUGGAUUUUGUUGAUUUGCCAACUCCUGCAAUACUGAAGCCGAUAGAGCUUUGGACUGGUAAGCAAUUAUUCAGCGUUUUAGUUCGGCCACAUACAAAUGUGAGAGUUUUUGUAAAUCUUACCCUAAAGGAGAAAAGCUACAUGAAGCCUAAAGAAGAAGGAGAAAGAGAAAUGGAUGCUAUGUGCCCUAAUGAUGGGUUUGUUUACUUCCGUAACAGUGAGCUAUUAUCUGGACAACUAGGGAAAGCUACUUUAGGAAAUGGGAAUAAGGAUGGACUUUUCUCUAUUCUUCUUAGAGACUAUAAAGCACAUGCUGCUGCUGCAUGCAUGAAUCGUCUAGCCAAAUUAAGUGCUCGAUGGAUAGGUAAUCACGGGUUCACAAUUGGGAUUGAUGAUGUCCAACCAAGUAAAUAUUUGAACGAUAGGAGACAGGAAACAAUCUCUAAAGGCUAUCAAGGUUGUGAUGAGAAAAUAAAGUUGUACAACGAAGGAAAUCUACCACCUGAAACUGGCUGUGAUGCUGCCCAAACACUAGAGGCUGGGAUAACUAGAAUAUUAAAUAAUAUUCGAGACGAGACUGGCAAGGUCUGCAUGAAAGAGUUACAUUGGCGAAAUAGUCCAUUGAUCAUGUCCCAGUGUGGCUCCAAAGGAUCUCCGAUCAAUAUUAGCCAAAUGAUUGCUUGUGUUGGUCAGCAGUCUGUUGGCGGUCGUCGUGCUCCUAAUGGUUUCAUAGAUCGGAGUCUUCCUCACUUCCCUAGAAAAGCGAAAACCCCUGCAGCCAAAGGGUUUGUUGCUAAUUCUUUCUACAGUGGUUUGACUGCCACUGAGUUUUUCUUCCAUACAAUGGGAGGGCGAGAAGGCCUUGUGGAUACGGCGGUAAAAACAGCUGACACUGGCUAUAUGUCACGAAAGUUGAUAAAAGCACUAGAGGACCUAUCCAUCCAAUAUGAUAACACAGUACGGAAUGCGAGUGGCUGUAUAGUUCAAUUUCGUUAUGGGGAUGAUGGCAUGGAUCCUGCAAAUAUGGAAGCAAAAAGUGGAUCUCCUUUAAAUUUUGAACGAUUGUUUCUGAAGGCCAAGGCCACAUGUCCUUCUGGAGGAACUGAAUAUCUAUCUCCAUCUGAAGUGUCUGAAAGAGUAGAAAGCAGAUUUUCAGAAAUUGAUAUGACUCCUGAGGGUGGUUGCUCCGUGGCUUUUAAAAAAUCUUUCAAGAGCUUCUUAGAUGAAUAUGGAAAAUCCUUGGAAAAAACAAUGGACACAUUUAAAUCAGUUGAAAAUCUUGCUGCAAAGGAGAAUUCAGAAAUUCAGGAAAAAAUUGUCAAAAAUAUAUCUGGCAUUACUCCUAAACAGCUAGAGGUUUUCUUGAACACCUGUAUCUCUCGUUAUCAUUUGAAAAAAAUAGAAGCUGGAACUGCGAUUGGAGCGAUUGGAGCUCAAAGUAUUGGAGAGCCGGGGACACAGAUGACACUCAAAACCUUCCACUUUGCUGGAGUUGCUAGCAUGAAUGUUACUCUUGGAGUUCCUCGUAUCAAAGAAAUAAUGAAUGGGGCCAAAAAAAUCAGUACGCCCAUCAUCACUGCAGCUCUCAACUGUGAUGAUAACGUGAAUGCUGCAAGGAUGGUACGAGGUCGCAUUGAGAAAACAAAUUUGGGACAGGUUGCUAAAAGUAUAAAGCUGGUAAUGACUUCGAGAUCAGCAUCACUAGUUGUCAAGCUUGACAUGGAAAGAAUUCGAGAUGUUCAAUUAUGUAUAGAUGCUAAUAUUGUGAAAGAAUCAAUUAUACAAACUCCAAAACUCAAACUGAAGCACGAGCAUAUCAAGGUUUUGGAUGUUGGGAAGUUGGAAAUUCUUUCUCCAGAAACUGAUAAAAGUAAAAUUCAUUUUCAUCUCCACUCUCUCAAAAAUUUGCUUCCAAUGGUUAUAGUGAAGGGUAUAAAAACUGUGGAACGUGCCAUCAUUAAGAAAGAACAAAAUAAAAAAAUGAAGACCAUCAAGUACAGUUUGCUGGUAGAAGGUGCUGGUCUUCAAGAAGUUAUGGGUACGGAAGGAAUUGAUGGAUGCAAAACAACAAGUAAUCAUGUUAUUGAAGUGCAGCAGACACUUGGCAUUGAAGCUGCCAGGAAGUGCAUCAUUGAGGAGAUAAAAUAUACAAUGGAAAGCCAUGGAAUGAACAUAGACAUUAGACAUAUGAUGCUCUUAGCAGAUUUGAUGACAUUCAGGGGUGAAGUGCUUGGAAUCACAAGAUUUGGCAUUCAAAAAAUGGACAAAAGUAUAUUGAUGCUGGCUUCGUUUGAGAAGACGGCAGAUCAUCUUUUCAACGCUUCCAUAAAUGGUAGGGAUGACAGGAUUGAAGGAGUAAGUGAAUCCAUAAUCAUGGGUAUACCGAUGCAGAUAGGCACUGGAAUGCUCAAAGUUAGACAAAGAGUUAGUCUACCUUCAGAGCUACAUUGUGGGCCAGAUCCAAUUCUAUCUUGACAUCAAAAAGUUGCUGCAAACUUUGUGGAUCAUUUUUGGGCAGUGUAGUGGAUUUGGAUUUUAUUAGAAUGCUCCAGUUAAUCAAAGGUUGAGAAAAUGUGUAUAUAAAGGUGAAGUGAGUACUUACUUUAUUUAAUGAUAUAUCUGUUAGCUGAACAUCUAUUUUAAAGGUGAUAAAUCUUACUUUGUAAGCUUAAAUUUAUAUUGAUUCUUUAACUUAUAGAUUUUACCUC